CCGCAAAUGAGUGCCACGGGAUUGCAUAGAGUUUUCAUAUUCUGAUGGAAUAACAAUAUGGUAUUCGUGCAACUAAAUGACAUACAUUUUUAGUGCAUACAUUGAACCGGGAAAGAUGCCACUCCACCAGGUGAAAGUGGAGCCGGUGGAUGACAGUGGUGAGGACUCUGACCCAGUGUGCGGAGGAAAUGAAAAUGAAGACGAUGAAGACAUGGCCGUUCCAGACCCCACAUCCAUGCUGUCUGUGCGGCUCGAGGAGGAGGAGCCCUCUAACUUGAAGAUCUCCAUUGAUCCUGCUCCAACUCCUCCAGUCCUGGACAAGGAUCAUUACAAAGAUGAUGAGCGACAACUUUUGAGCCAAACUUCAGGUGAUGGAUCCGUGCUGGUCACGUCGCAGUUGCAGAAUCUGGAGAUGCCAGUACCGGUGACAAGCACAGGACAGAAGCAUUGGAAUGAUGUCAACAGUGGACCUCUGACGAGCAAAGUUGAGGAGGCUGAUCCGAGGUUUAGUAUACAUAUUCACUCUCAGAGGGAAGAUGCACAAGAUCUCACAGGGCUUUCACUCCAAAGAAAGGAUCUGCCUUUAAUGGAAAACUACGUAUUGGCCACUGCCCGAAGAUGCCCAAAUCGACACGAGGAGGACAGAUUUAAGUGCAGUCUCUGCAGGCGAGUUUUCACGAAGCAGGAACACCUCGAUAUUCAUCUCUGCGUGGUAGGAAGGUUGCGGCCACGUAACUCUGUGUCUCAGUUGAACAGCACUGUGAAGGUAAUGGUGGAAAGGACAAUUGUGUGUGUCGUGUGUAUGACCACUUUUGCCAGCCAGCACGAGUUGGAUACCCACUUCGCAAAGGCACAUGGCAGUGUAGAUUUGGCUGCAGAUGCUGACGGGACAUCUCGGAAAACCGUGCAGCCGGAUGCUCAGGGAAUCUUCAUCUGCCAUUACUGUCAAAUGGCUUUCCCGAGCCGGAAAGAUCUGAAUGUGCACCGUACGCAGGAACACCAGAGUGCCAGGGCAAAACACUCGUGCACAGACUGCGGACGUGCCUUCUUACGGCCAGUCGAGCUCUUCCGACACCAACGAACUGCCCAUUCUGACGGAGAAGAGGCUGCCUCCUGCAUGUUCAAGUGCCCGCAGUGCGGCAAGCAGCUGACGACACGUCCGGGCUUCGAACGCCACGUCGCCACACACGAUGCCAAUGCACUCAAGCACGAGUGUGCUGACUGCGGGCGCCGUUUCUACGACCAGGCCAGGCUGAAUGUCCACCGGAGGAUACACACGGGAGAGCGGCCCUACGAGUGCCGCAUAUGUGGUCACCGCUUCCGGCAGCAGCCGUGUCUCAUCCGCCACCUGCGAACGCACGCCGUCGACACUGGCAGUGUACCGCUGUCGGUAGCCCGUCCGCACUCAUGCCCCGAGUGCGGGAAGGGAUUCUCGAACACAUCACACAUGGCAAUACACAUGAGGACGCACACGGGAGAGAAGCCAUAUGAGUGUGCUUACUGUGGGCGUAGGUUCUCAGACAAGGCCCACCUCUUAAGACAUAUGGCCGCACUCCACCCAGAUCCGGACGCUCCGCAUCGGUGUGCCGACUGUGGGAAGGUAUUUGCGGACAAAGCGAGACUGGAAGAUCACGAACGAGUCCACAGGGGUGAACGGCCCUUUGAGUGCCUGGUGUGCCACAGAAAUUUUACGUCGAUAGCCUACCUGAGAGUGCAUGCUGAAUGUCAUCGGGAGAAAGCAGCUUGUCCAUAUUGCCACAAAGCAUACGCUCGUAAGUACAGGUUGACGGUGCAUAUCAGGAAGGCACAUCCCGGCGAAAGUGAUACUACAGUUGUCCCAUACACUAGCACAGUAGAUGCGGUGGACCUGCCACCUACAGCAGCUGAAACACAGACACAGAAACCAGCUCUAUAUCUGUGUGACAAAUGUCCAAACGCAUUUAAAACUGAAACAGAGUUCAUCGCACAUGUGGAAUCUCACAAGGUUCGAAAAGCUCAUCCGUGUGAUAAGUGUGAGAAGUCUUUUAACCGGAAGUCAGAACUCAAUGUGCACUCUCGAACGCACUGCGAAGUGAAGCCGUUCGCCUGCCACUUGUGCGAGAAGACAUUUGCACAGAAGAACAACCUGCUGCGUCACCUGCGAACGCACUCUGGCGAGAAGCCCUUCCCGUGUUCUCUGUGCAGCCGAACUUUCGCUCAGAAGGAGUUACUCACGGCCCACAUCCGAAUCCACACAGGGGAGAGGCCGUACUCGUGCCUGGUGUGCGGCCAGGCAUUCAACCAGCGGCACACCCUGACCCGCCACGUCAGGGAGCACGCCAACAGGGACACGGCCAAAGCAUUCUCCUGUUCGCUGUGCGGCAAAAUGUUCCCCAGACAGGUUAACCUGGACAUCCACAUGCGGACACAUACCGGUGAGAGGCCAUUUGAAUGUGAAUUGUGCGGCAAACGGUUUUCACAGUCGGGACACCUGGCACGGCACAAGUUGACACACACUGGCAAAACGCCCUACCCCUGUCCAAUUUGUGGGAAAGGAUUCUCACAGAAGAAGCGCCUUGUCGACCACGCUCGCACGCACACGGGCGAGCGACCUUUCGGGUGUCACUACUGUCCGAAAAGUUUCACUCAUGCCGAGUACUUGAAGUCACACCUCCACACGCACCGUGAAGAGAAAUAUGUGUGCCCUGUAUGCAGAGAAAUGUUUUCGCGCAAGUACAGGCUGAGGGAGCAUAUGCGCAUUCAUUCGAGUGAAUGGCCAUUACAGUGUGCGCACUGUAAAGCGUGCUUUGUCUCGAAGGAAGAUAUUGCCGAUCAUAUACACUCUCGACACCUUUCAGAUAUAAUGGGCGACGGUUACUUUCCAGUAGAGAAGAGCCGCACUAGUUCUGACGAACCCGAGUCACAACCUUACUGUAAGACUGAAAAUGAAGACACUAGUGACAGAUGGACAGGGACACCGACUGCUGGCUUUGCUUUACCGUGUGAUGAGGAAAACCUGCAAGAGUCAGACUUUCAACUGGAAAUCACUGAUGAGGUGAUACAAAAACACGAUUCCCCCGAACAUACCGAUGCUAUCUAUGACAGAGUGAGCAUCUUCAUCAAAGAAGAACGCAUCUUGGACGAGGAGGAUUUGGCAUGUUCAGCAGAUAAUAGGGUGUCUACUGCUAUGCCACCACAAAUCUUUCCUAGCAGUGCAUCCAUAACAGAACCUACAUUCAUAAUUAAAGAUGAGAAAGACACACCUGUAGAAGAUGCACUGUGUUUGGGAAAUGACACAGAAUUAAACACGUCGGAGCCAUCUAUGGCAUCCGUCAUCAGCACUGAUAUAAAAUUAUGUGCCAUCACCAAAGAAAAUGUAGCCACUAGUUUGGGAAAGUAUCCCUAUAUGGGACUAAUUAACUCUGAAGGAACCAGCAAUGAAAAAGAAAUAGCCAAUAUCAAAACAGAGGCAACAGCAGAUAAUGAAUAUCACAGGUUUCAGCAGACUGAAGGGAUGCAAGAAUCUAUAGUGAGUGGCAGUGUGAAAACAAGCAACAACUCGGAUAAAGAUUUGUUCACCAACCCAGAAUGUCUACAUCUUGAAAGUGAUAUUACUUCUGUAGGCCAACUGGGAACACUGGUUUCUGAUCUCAGUGGCAAAAUAAUGACACCUGUCAGCAUCCAAGAAGAGCUGAGCUCGAGAGAAGAAUAUCUGCUGUGUAUGCAAAAUGAUGCAGUUUGUAAAACUGUGCCCAUGCCUCUUGCCCCAGAUGUUAGCAGGAAUAUACGCUCAGUCACUAACUUCAGUGAGAGCAUAGCUGCAGAGGUGCAGUGCCCACUCUAUCUGGGAAAAGACACUGAGCACAAAACAUUACCACCACCUAGCAGUUCCAGUGCCAGGGAACAGUUGAUGAGCAUCAAAGAAGGUCCAUUGUGUUUGAAAAGUAGAACAGAGUCAGAGAACUUGGCUAUAAAUAUUUUUCAAGAAACCAGCAGUGGUACCAAGUGGAGCACAACAAUACAAAAUCCGAUCUCUAGCUCUGAGGUUCCACUAUGCUCAAGCCACGAUGUUGGUAGUAAAGGUUUGGCAGUGUCUGCUGUUUCUAGUGUCCACAGUGAUAUGGGACUGAGAGUUGACACUGAAGGAUAUUUAGUGCCAAAUUCGAGACAUUCUUCCUAUUUUGUAAACAGUUCAAUGUACAGAACUGUACCGGCACAUCUUACCUCUAAUUGUAGCCAAAAAAUGAAAAAGAGUGACAUAAUUAAAGAAGACAGACUUACAACUUCAGAUCAUCCACUCUGCUUGGAAAGGGAUGCAGCAUCUGAUGAUUUGCCACCUUCUUGUUUCCCAAAUUUUGUGAACAAAACAAAGGCAAGUAUCAGAAUUAGGAAAGACCUCUUGCCCAAUUUGGAGCCUCCAUUGUGUUUGAAAAGUGAUGUAAGGUGUCAAAGAUUGCAGGACACUUUUGUCUCCGAUGUCAGGAAAAUAACAGAGAGCUUUCCUCUGCCUUUGGCCACUACCCUAACUGUGUCGGCACCAGGUGAUAAAGAAACCUGUAAUAUAUCUGACACACUGGUUUCGUACCAGCAGAUGUUAUACGAUAAACUUAUGUCAUCACCAUCAGUAUUCCAGGAAUAAUAAAUUCGUAGCUGCUGUUGCAUACCUAGAAAACAGUAAAGCUGGAAAUAACAGGAAGCCAGCCAAUACUGCUAACUACAGUAUUAAAAAAUUGUUAAAAACUAAAUCCUGUAAUCAGGCCUCUGAGACAACGUGAUUGUUGACUGACUGUCAUGUCACCCUCAGCUAUUCAUCAUCAGAUGCAGUAUAGAGGGGCAUGGGGUCAACAUUCCACACUCAUGGCCUUUGUCAAUGUUUAGAUCUCAGUGCCGCUACCUCGCAAUCAGGUAGUACCAGAAAUCGAACCCAGAUCCCCCUCGUGCGGGCAUAUCACACUGACCUCUCAGCUGCAGCGGUGGACCAACUACAGAUCUGGUCGAUCUGAAAAGAAUUGAGCUGUGCAAUUAUUGAACUCUGUGAGCUGUGGUGAGAAACUGAACCAGACAGAACACAAGUACAUCAACACUAUCAAUUCUGGAGACGAUGUUAUGCAUUUUUCAUAUGUUGGGAUACUUAUUGAGAAUAAACUAGCAGUAAGAAUUUGGUGACCUGUGUUGGUGGCUGUAUACUCGUAUAGUUUCUCUACUGUUAAGGAGCUACGUCCAGGAUGGUUCAAAUGUCAUCAACACAAGUUCCAAAGCAGUGAAUAAUGGAUGUUUGCGCUGAACUGGUGCCUUAGAAAGAUACAAAGUUACUUAUUGAUGGUAUAUUUAGUGUCAGUACCAUCUGCAUGGGAGUGCAGCUACUUAUCAAACAUUAGAAAGAUUGUUAUGAAUUGAUGUUUAGGUGCCUUUAAUGUUGUUUUAUCGGAAAGUGAUUCUUCAUCAGGACAUGUCUCACAGUAAUGACUGCUGCAUAGGAUUAAGAAUUUUUUGUGCUAUUUACAUUUUAGAGUAACUUUUUAAUUGAAUCUUAUUUAAUAAGGACAAUGUACAAGAAAAAAUGGUAUCAGUUGAAGGUCAGAAUUGUUUUAAUGUUAUUUAAUGUGGAUACAUGUUUUGUUAAGAUAUAUUUGGCAAACCAAAUGAGUAUACUGAAAUUCAGAGUAUGUUCCAUUUUUAGUAAUUUUUAGUUUUAUCAAUUUUAAGAAAAUAAUUAAUUUUAUAUAUAAAUUUGUACAAACUGCUAAAAUCUCUUAUUAAUCUGUGUAGAUUCUUUAGUGUUAGAACACACAUUAUGUUUCACAUUGUGCAAGUAAGAUACCUGUCUUCAUUGUGAAGAGAAUGAACAUUGAUUACUUUCCAUGAAAUUGAGUUUUACUGUUAAGAGAUUCCUGUGUAGAUGGACUGUUCUACCAGAAGAAGAAUGAAAAUACAUGAGAGAGAGAGAACAUAAUAUCCGGAAGAGUAAUAAACAAAUUAGCAGUGGGCACAUAGCUGAGUGGGAAACACCAGUUGAAAAAGGAGAGCACAGAAUGCGGAUGUAAUUAUUUUCAGUAUAUUAUGUUAUGCAAUAGCUAUUAUCAGUAUCUUUGAUUUGUACUGUAAGCUGGUAACAUUUGGGACUGUAUUUCUACAUCUGUACAAUCACAAUAAUGUUUGUGUUGCUGUUUCAUGUUUGUGCGUCAUUUGAUGAUGAAAAUGUAUAUUUAUAAUGAGCCUCGUGGUUAUUUUCGCUGGAACUUUUUCUAAAUAAAGUUCGAAACAGACAACUGGCUACAUUCAGCAAAUUAAAUUGUAAUAUAAUCCACUGAUCCACCUAAAGGGUGUAUGCCCUUGAAACACAUCACAGAAGAAAAUAAAAGUGACUGACAUAUAA